AAUGCGUACGUUGCGCGACGUGGUUCCAAAGGUUUCGUUUAACAGUUGGAGUUGGAAGGGGAAGAAACGGAAUAUAACUGUUAGUUAACUUUACCCAGACAAGGUAUCUUCAAAGCAGACUGACUGUCAUCAUGACGUUUUCACAUAUGAUUUGAUUAUUUAUCGGCAUGUCUGCUGCUGGAUUGUGUGCUGUGGUUGUUGUGGUUUUCCUCCUGGCCUUCUACCUUCUCCAUCGUUAUGGAGACUUGAGGAAACAGCAUCGUCUCGUCCUCUUAGGGACGCUUCUGUCCUGGUACCUCUGCUUCCUCAUCGUUUUCAUCCUCCCACUUGAUGUCAGCACGACCAUCUACAACCAGUGCAUUCAUGACAAUUCAAACUACACUCCCUCUCAAACCCAAGGUGAACUUUCUGAUUCAGCUCCUUUCCAGCCUUCAAGUGCAGCAAAUGUGUGUGUGAAGCCCUGGAGUUACAUCCCUGAUCAUGUCCUGCCAGUGUUUUGGAGGGUUGUCUAUUGGACGUCCCAGUUUCUUACAUGGCUGCUGUUGCCCUUCAUGCAGUCCUAUGCACGUUCUGGAGCUUUCUCCAUUGUUGGGAAGGUUAAAACAGCUCUUAUAGAAAAUGCAAUUUAUUAUGGCACCUACCUCCUCAUCUUCAUCUGCCUGCUGAUCUAUGUCUCUGCUCAUCUAAAGCUGAGGCUCACAUGGACAGAACUCCAGACCAUCGGUAUCACAGCUGCUAACACCUGGGGCCUGUUCCUUUUGGUGCUGUUGCUUGGCUAUGGCUUAGUGGAGAUCCCACGAUCUUAUUGGUUCUCAUCUUCAAACAGUUUCUUACUGGCCAAGACAUACUUUAAAGUAGCGAAACUGGCAACGGAGAAAGCUUCAGCAGAGGAGGACUUAGCAGAUGUUAUGGAGGAAGUUGCAGACCUAAAUGAGUCUGUAAGGUUCAACCACAGCCUCAGGAAAUGUGUAGAUACUAUUAUGACAAAGUGUCCUAUUCGCUACCAGCAAGAGAUGGGAAGAAACCUGGAAAGCUCUCCUUGUGAAGGUCCUUCUAUUCCUACCAAAAGUGGCCUAAUCAAACUUCAUGAAAAAGUAAUUUCUGCAGUGCAAAGGCACAACCAGACUCAAGUUCAGUGGUCCCUCUUGUUGGAUAAGGCGUUUCAUCUGGAAGAUAUUGCUAAAAGUCAGAGCACUCCAGUACGAGUCAUCACCAAAACCUUCUCCCCAAACCCUCUCGGCUGGGUCCGCAGGUUUAUCUACACCCCUACUGUAGAGUGGUACUGGGAGUGUGCUUUCAGAAAGACUUUCUGCAGGCUGCUGGCGGUUCUCCUUUCUCUCCUCUCUGUAGCAGUCGUCUGGUCUGAGUGUACCUUCUUCAGUUCACAGCCUAUCCUCUCUCUGUUUGCUGUCUUUGUCCAGAAAGCUGAACAACAUUACAAUUACAUUUUAAUUGAGAUGGUGUGCUUUGUCAGUAUCCUCUUCAUGUGUGUGUGCGUGUAUUCCACGGUGUUCAGGAUACGGGUCUUUAACUACUAUCAUCUGGUGCCACAUCACCAAACUGAUGCUUACAGCCUGCUGUUCAGCGGCAUGCUGUUUUGUCGUCUGACUCCUCCACUGUGUCUCAACUUUUUGGGCCUGAUUCAUUUGGACUCUGCCAUCUCACACCAGGACAGAAUACAGACAUCCUACACCUCUAUUAUGGGCUCUAUGCGGCUGCUGCCUGUGAUAUCUGAUGGAUUCUACAUCUAUUAUCCCAUGUUGGUGGUGCUGCUUUGCAUUGCAACUAUUUACAAGUUGGGCUCUCGCUUCUUGAACCUCCUAGGUUUCUAUCAGUUCAUCACUGACAAUGAAUUUACCUCUGAACUGGUAGAUGAAGGCAAGGAGCUAGUAAGAAGAGAAAGAAGAAUAAGGCAAAGAGCAGAGGAUGGACAAAAUCGAAGAUGGGCUUGGAGGGAGCGAUACAGAGUCCAGGCGACCUCGGAGCGAAGCAGAGCCGAUUAUAGUGAGCUGGACGAGAACACUCCUGAAACAGAGAUGAGGAAAAGUGUCAACAGAAGCAAUGGAAAUAUAGAACAGCACACAGGUUUACUGCAGGAUAACUCCAGUGAUGACAGUUUCCCAAAUAGAAGAUCCGCGGCUGGACAGUAUCUGUCUUUCUCACCUUCUCUGAAAGGCUUGUUUGACGAUGUGUAAUCAAAUCAGGCUCUCUCAGAGAAUCAAAAAGCCAAUAAAUCAUUUAAGUUACUAAGAAUUUCUAUGUUUCUUUAAAAAAAAAUGUUGAAUGCAAAGGAUUGAUUCUGUGGAAUAGAAAGUGUUGCAUGUAUGUAAUAAAUUUUUACAGUUUAUAGAUAAAACUGAAGCUAUUUAAACAGCUGGUUUCUUGUUAAAAGAGGUUGACAACAGACCGGGGUAUAUUUAUCCACAGUAUUUGGCAUUUUAUUUUAACCAGCCCUUUUUAAAAUGUAUAUUUUUGUAAAUUUUUCUGAAUUAGUUUUACAAGUAUUUUUAAUAAACCUCUGUAUAUUAUGAGUACGUCUUCACCUGUAACAGAAUAUAAUAUAUGAAUCAGUUUCUAAACCUUAACCUGUU